CUUCACUCGACUCCAAUCCACCUCUCGCUCUCAUCGAUACUCUGGCCAGUUGGAUCUUCAACAGUUACAUCAGGUCUAUCCUUCCCUGUAGUUACUCUGCUGCUGCCACUCAAUUCCUUCAACAAUACUCAUUCCUCGAAAUCUAUUCAUCACAUCGGUUGAAUGCCUGCCCCCCAUCGAGACACCUCCACUACUAUCAGGGGCAGGCGACCACCCACCCCCUAGUAGUCUAACAAUUACUCCACCUAAAUCCUUUACCCCACCAUCCUUCCUCGACGAAGAUUCCGAGAACGACUGCUGUUAAGGCUGUAAAAUAUCACCAUGCUAGCAGAUGCCGAUAUACACGCCCUGGAAAGCCACUUAGGCACCGUUGUGCGUGAGAACCAACAACACCACGACAAUCUGCAAAACUUGCUCCAGAAGUUCCAGGAACUCCUCAAGAACUACAACAGCUUGAAAAGUGACUACGAGGAAGAGAAAGAGGGACGCGAACGUUACAAACGACUGGCGAGGGGACAGGAACGGAACCCAUUUGUCUUGGUUCUCAUCGAUGGCGAUGGCUACAUGUUCAAAGAACACUUGAUCAAGGCGGGAAGCGACGGAGGGAUCACUGCCGCUCGACUCAUGCAAGACUCCAUUCGCGAGAUACUCCACGAUCGUCUUGGUCAUCAGGCGGACCAAUGUCGGAUCAUGGUCCGCAUCUACGCCAACGUCUUGGGCCUGUCUAAGACACUGGCACGUUACGGAUUUGUUGGUCAUGAAGCCCGAUCGCUAUCUCCCUUCGUGGCCAACCUGACAAGCUCUCAAGACUUGUUCGACUUUGUCGAUGCAGGUGACAAAAAAGAAGCGGCGGACUACAAGAUACGAGAAAUGUUCCGUUUGUUUGUCGAUAACAACCAAUGCAAGCAUAUCUUCUUCGCCGGGUGCCACGAUGCAGGGUAUCUCAACUUAUUGAUUCCCUACAGUGGCCGGACAGAACGUAUCACCCUUCUAAAAGCGGCGUCAUUUUAUCACCAAUACAACACGCUAAACCUGCCAAUUCGAGAACUACCGCAGGUGUUUAUGUCGACCGAAUUGCCUGGUAUUCACACAAGGGAUUCUCCCAGCCAGGUACCAAUUCAGUCCCAGAUCAUACCGCCCUCACCUAGUCGUCCGGUUUGUAGGCAUUAUCAAAAGGGCAUUUGUAGGUAUGGAAACACAUGCGUGAAGCUCCACAUACAGCCAAGCCAAUAUUUAUCUAAAGUCUCUGACGAUACAUCAUCCAUUUCGGACCGAGAAACUCUUUCACCACGUACUCACGAUUACUAUGCUGCUAAUCUCCCCACAACUACAAAUCCUUUCUACGGCGAUAGUAUCCCAAUCAACAAGACGGGCGAUCGUAUUGACACCUACUGUGCUGCGCCUUCUGCCGAAGCGCGGGAACUGUAUAACCGUCGCCCUAGAUUUCACCGACCCUGCAAUAACUUUCACCUGGCGGGACAAUGUGACUUACUCAACUGCGAAUAUGAUCAUGCACCCCUCGAUGAUACCAGCCGGAGCGUAAUGAUUUAUAUCCUGCGUCAGAACCCAUGUGGCGCUGGCCUCUCUUGUCGGUCUAUAAAAUGUUUCCUCGGCCAUCAUUGCCAGAAGGACAGAUGUCGGGGCACUAAACCGUGCAAGUUCAACCGUCAUGCCCAUUCACUGGACUUACAGAUUGCCACGUGGGUGCCGGCCCUGGAGAAAGAAGACAAUGCCGCAUCGUCCGUGAGCGACGCUUCGGAGGAGGCCAGCCCAUCCGAUUCCGAUAAUACUUUCGGAAAUCCAAACAUUGAUACACUGUCCUAAAUCGCUCAUAGAUCCAGUAGGAUCAGCCCGGCGAAAGUUCAAUUUUACGUCUGAGGUCCAUACGAUCUGAUAUGGGAGGAGCACAUUAACACAAACGAUGAAAUCAUCUACUAUGCCAUCUGGAUUAGGUGGUUCUAGGAUUAUCCUGUAACUGCAAAUUACCCCCGGUACAAGGAGGUAAUACUGCGCUAGAGAUAUUUGAGCAUGAAUCAGAAAUUCUGCCUUGCACCUGUAUGGUGCUCUUUUGUUGUCAAAUUUGUGCUUCCCGAAGAAUUAACUGGCCUCUUCACCAGACAUCCCGCAAUGAUCGCCCUUUGCAUGGCGGGAGCAACCGACAAGAGGUUACUUACUUCUCGACAUUUCAUUUCUUCAGUGAAUGCAUCGAGGCAGCGUGUCUAUGUAAGACAUACAUGUCUUCGAUGAAUAGUCACACAAGCAUCUGGACCUCC